GCCAAGCCCACGCAGCACCAUGGCCCUGAGUAUCAGCAUCAAGAGGGUCUCCCAGCUGCCAGGGACCGGGGAGAGACAGGUGCACAUCAGCUUUCGAGGGUUUACCCAGAAAACAAAGAAGAUACGUUGUGGCCAGGAAGCAGUCUUUGGAGAGCUCUUUCGCUGGCCACAUUAUGGGAAGUUCAUUAUGGAAGAAAUGCUGAUAGUUAAAGUUUACAACUGCAGUAAGGUGUUCAGUAACAGAUUACUUGGCACCUUAGUUAUCAGCCUUCAUCAGUUAGUAAUGUCUGGACGACUAAACAUCAGAGAGGCUCUUGUUGACAAAAACCACAGCAUUACUGGGAUAUAUAUUGAAUUGGAUUUGAGAUAUCAGCCUCCGGAUGGUGCUGCAGGGACAUGGGUUGAGGAAGAUUUUGUCUACCAGAUGAAAGACAGUUCUGAGAUUAUAAUUCGCAACCCUGGAUUUGAUGAUUUAGAGGUGGCUGAUGCAAAACGAGCUGCUGACCUGGAUAGGAAGGCCGUAGUGCUGGGCAGGAAACUUGUCAAAGGUCUGGAGAUGGAUGAUGAGGAAGAUGAUUACUACGAUGUAUCUGAUAUGGAGUUCUCUGGGAUUGUCUUCAGCUCUGUAAACAGCCGUUCGAGGGUCUUCUCCAAGUGGGAUCUUUUUGCAGCUCCUAGACCACAGAACUUCCAGAUUGGCAUCAACAUAAUUGAAGCUCAGAAGUUGGUUGGAGUUAACAUUGACCCUUUUGUGGUUGUGAAAAUUGGAGGUGAGAAAAGACACACAGCGACACAGAAGUCCACCAACUGUCCUUUUUACAAUGAGUAUUUUACAUUUGAUUUUCAUGAACCAAGAGAUAUUCUAUUCCACAGACUCAUAGAGAUUUCUGUCUUCCAUUCAAAGAAGAUUCCCUUCCUAGGCACUCUCAUAGGCACAUUCAAGAUAGAUCUUGAGACUGUAUACAACCAGCCAGACCAUAGGUUCUACCAGAAGUGGGCUGUGAUUAAUGACCCAAAGGACACCAGAGCAGGAAUUAAAGGCUUUGUAAAGUGCAACAUUUCUGUCAUGGCUCGGGGGGAUGUAAUGGGUUCCUUUCCCACCUCUUCCAGCAGUCAGAAUGAAGACAUUGAAAAGAACUUGCUGCUCCCUAAAAAAGUUCCAGCUGAGAGACCCUGGGCCAAAUUCUGCAUCAAAAUGUACAAGGCAGAUGGUUUGCCCAGUAUGAGUGCAGGAAUCAUGGGUGGCUUUUCAAAAAUUGUGAGUGAGAAGAAGGUCUUCAUUGAUCCUUAUGUGCAGAUUUCUUUUUCUGGACAGCAGGGAGAAACUUCAGUUGAAAGCAGCACUACAGAACCAGUUUGGAAUGAACAAAUAAGUUUCAUUGAGAUGUUUCCUCCUCUUGUUCGAAAAAUAAAAGUCCAGCUAUUGGAUGAUGCAAACAUUGGAGAUGUUGCCCUUGCUACACAUUUCAUUGAUCUGCAACAAAUAUCUGACCCUGGGAGAAAUGGCUUUAAUCCCACUUUUGGGCCAACAUGGGUCAAUUUAUAUGGUUCAUCCCAGAAUUCAACCUUGCGAGAUGUACACAAAGAUCUCAAUGAAGGACUGGGUGAAGGCAUCUUCUUUCGUGGACGCCUUCUUAUGGCCAUUACGGUAGAGAUUUUCAGUACUAUCCAGGCAGCUGAAAAGAAGCCAGCAGAGGUUCUUAAAGGGGCCUUAAGCAAACUCAAGCUGAAGAAGAAAAGUAAAAAGGCCAAAGAGAAAUCUAGAACUUCUGACAAGGAGCACCAUCAAAGCCGGUCUGAGAUUAGUACCACUGAGGAGGCUGAACAACCAAGUGAAGUGAUUGUGGAGGUAGAGGACCUCCAUCCUCUCCCUGAGAAUGCCCUAGGUGUGAAAGAAGAAUUCCUUCUCUUUGCAUCGUUUUUUGAAGUGACUAUGAUGGAUCCAUCAGUAGGUACCAAACCUGUGAAGUUUGAGAUCUCUAUAGGGAACUAUGGAAAAACUGAAGAAGUUACCACCAAGAUGUUUAGGAAAGGUGAGAAGGGAGAAAAGAGUGAAGAAAAACAGCCAUUGCUAGAUCCCCUUUCAGAUGAAGAGCUGGAUAUUGAAGUCAUGCCUCCAACUACAACUUUGCUUGAUAAGUCUAUGACAGUGAACCAAAGACCAGAACCCACUGAAUAUGAUAGCUCUUACAGCUGCCUCCCCAUGUUGCAUGAGAAGCCCUGUGUUUAUGUAUGGAGCUACUGGGAAGACUACACCUGGAGACUCUAUAAUUCCAACUGGAUUGUCAAAAUAGCAGAGCGUUUGGAGCAUGGACUAGAAGAUGUAGAGAAACUCUUGAGGAGACCAAAAUCAAAAGCAGAUGAGAGGCUUCGACAGGUUUUGGAGGAGUUUGUUGCUGGAUGCAGGCAGUAUUCUCUUAAUGUGGACAAAAAACCAAUGACUCGUCCAAAUAACCUUGAUCGAUGUCGGAUGAAAUCUCUCCCACAAAACAUUAUACUCUAUGCAAAACAGGGACUCCGCAUAAGGAGGCGACUGACUCGGAUCAACGUCAGGGAGAAAGUAAAUGAGACAAAGAUGAUCCUGUCAAAGCUGCGCUUCCUGGCUAAAGAGCCCCAGUGUACUAUCCCUGAUGUCCUGAUCUGGAUGUUCUGCAACAACAAGCGUGUAGCAUAUUCAAGGAUCCCUGCCCAGAAUAUCCUUUAUGCAGUGGUGGAAGAAGAGAAAGGCAAGGACUGUGCAAAGAUCCAAACUGUCUUUCUAAAGGUUCCAGGGUCACGCACCGAAGAGAUCUUUGCAAAACUGGAAAUCUAUAUGUGGCUUGGGAUAACUAAGUAUGUGAAGAACAGUACUGCAGAACUUCCCGAAGAAUUCAAACCCAUCUAUGACAAGACACAGAAACCUGCAAGCAUUUCAACGUAUUUCCCACCCAUUCAGCUCAACAGAGAUGACUUCAGUUACUUUCAGCUUCGAGCCCAUUUGUAUCAGGCAAGGGGUAUUCUUCCUGCUGAUGAAAAUGGCCUUUCAGAUCCAUUUGCAAGAGUGGUAUUUUCAACACAGUGCCAGUCUACAAUGGUAUUGGAAGAGACGCUCAGUCCAAUGUGGAAUGAAUUACUUCUGUAUGACCAGCUUGUAAUUGAUGGAAAGAAAGAAGAUUUGAAGACAGAGACUCCAAUUGCUAUUGUCAAUAUUUUUGACUACAAUAAAUUUGGCUCAGCAGAGUUCCUUGGUCGAGCCUUUGUUACCCCACAGGUGAAGCUAGUAGAUGAGCCUUACAGCAAACCUUCUCUCCAAUUUUUUGACAUUUAUAAGGGACAUAAAUCAGCUGGGGAACUAAUUGCUGUAUUUGAGCUGAUUGAACUGGAUUAUAGUGGUUACUUAGAGCCAUCAGUGCCUAAUGAUGUAGACCCCAAAGACCCAGACUAUUUGGGGGACCCCUCUUCUGGACGAUUCAUUAUUCCUGAGGGAAUCCGCCCAGUCCUUAAGGAAUUUCGCAUAGAGAUCUUGUUUUGGGGCCUGAGAGAUCUGAAACGUGUGAACUUAUUUGAGGUUGACCAGCCACAGGUGAUAAUUGAAUGUGCUGGAAAGAAAGUGGAAUCAGAAGUGAUCACAGCUUACAAAGAGAAUCCAAAUUUCAAUGAACUCGUUAAAUUUGUUAAUGUGGAGCUUCCAGAACAGGUAUACUUACAUCCACCUCUCAGUAUCUUUGUGGUAGAGAAGAGGGCUUUUGGACGGUCUGUCCUGGUGGGAACUCACAUAGUUUCUCUUAUUAUGAAAUUUGCUCCUAAAGAAGUAGAUGAGCUGGAAGAGGAAACAGAUAGCCCUCCAAAGAAAAGGAAAGCUUCAGUUAAACCAAAUAUCUCCCAAAAAGUGAUGAACCUUGGUACAACUGCUGGGAAGACUGUAAUAAAUAUUGGUGCAGCUGCUGGACAGACCGUAAUAAAUAUUGGCGCAGUUGCUGGAGACAUAGGAAGCAAAGCUAAUCCCCUCAAGCUUGUCAAGGCACCACUAAAGAAACUCCCUAUUGAUAAAUUGAUACCAAAAGAGGAAGAAUUUGAAGAGGAAAAGCCUGAGAAGGAAGAACUGGAUUGGUGGUCUAAGUACUAUGAAUCAUUAAAAGAAUUAAAUAAUCAGUCCCUUAGUGAUGAAGAAGAGGAUGAUGCAAAUGACCCAGUAUCUUCUUUAGAUGGAGGGAAUCUGAAUGCAGCUUCUCUUGAUGAGGAUGUAGAAGAUGAAAUAGUUGUUGAAGCUGAGCCAGCUCGUCCAAAAAGGAAACUUAUAGCAACAUUAAAAAUCUAUAGUUCAGAACUAGAGAAUGAGUUUGACAAUUUUGAGGACUGGUUAUGUAUUUUUCCACUUCACCGUGGAAAAGCUAAUGAAGAUGAAGAUGGGAAUGAGGAAGAAAAAUUUGUGGGGAAAUACAAGGGCUCAUUCUAUGUUUAUCGAGCUGAAGAAGCAGGAGCAGAACACAAGAUCUCCCAAGGCAUCCCCAGAAAUAGACCCAUCAAGGUCCUUGUCAGAAUUUAUAUUGUCAAAGCAACUAACUUGACACCAGCAGAUCCCAAUGGCAAGGCAGAUCCCUAUCUUGUGGUUAAAAUUGGCCAACAACAAAAAGACACCAAGGAUCGAUAUAUCCCGAAACAGCUCAAUCCAGUUUUUGGAGAAGUACUGGAGCUUACAAUAUCCUUCCCUAUAGAAUCAGAACUCACUAUAUCAAUAUUUGACCAUGAUUUAGUUGGAUCUGAUGAUUUAAUUGGGGAGACAAAAAUUGACUUGGAAAACCGAUUCUACAGCAAUCACAGAGCCAACUGUGGAGUGGCCUCACAAUAUGACACAGAGGGCUAUAAUAUGUGGCGAGAUGCUUUCAAACCCACACAUAUCUUGGAGAGUUUAUGCAAGAAGAAUGCACUCCCCUCAGCUGAAUACAGGGCAGAGGAAGUCAAAGUAAAUAACAAGAUUUUUAAAAUUCCUCCUGAAGCUUUUCCUGAAGAAGCCUUGGUGAAAGACAACAAAGAAAACGACGAUGAAACCUGGUCUGCCUAUGAUGAGCACAAGGCUUUGUAUGUUCUUCAACACUGGGAUGAAAUGCCUGAGUAUGGAUGCAAAUUAGUACCAGAACAUGUGGAAGUCCGAUCUAUUUACAACCCAGAAAACCCUGGUAUUCUGCAGGGCUCUCUCCACAUGUGGAUCGACAUGUUUCCAAAUGAUGUCCCUGCACCUCCACCUGUCAACAUCAAACCUCGUCUUCCGAUCAGUUAUGAACUACGUGUUAUUAUCUGGAAUACAGAUGAUGUGAUUCUUGAUGAUGUCAAUCCAAUAACAGGAGAAAUCUCCAGUGACAUAUAUGUAAAAAGCUGGAUCAAAGGACUGGAGAAGGACAAACAAGAAACAGAUGUUCAUUUUAAUUCCUUAACCGGGGAAGGCAACUUCAACUGGCGGUUUGUGUUCCACUUUGAUUACCUUCCAACUGAGAAAGAGAUUACCUACAAAAAGAAGGAUUCUAUUUUUUCUUUGGAGGAGUCGGAAUUCCGUGAGCCGGCUGUCCUAGUUCUUCAAGUCUGGGACUAUGACAGGAUUUCAGCAAAUGAUUUCCUAGGGGCCAUUGAGUUAAAGCUGAAUGAUAUGGUGAGAGCAGCCAAGAGUUCAGAGCAGUGCACUAUCAAGAUGGCCAAGGAAAAGGCCAUGCCACGGUUUUCUAUCUUUCGAAACAAACGAAUGAAAGGGUGGUGGCCCUUCAUUAAACUGAAAGGUCAGGAAGACAUUGAAAGGGAGGAGAGGGAGGCUAAGCAGAAGAAAAAGAAGAAGAAGAAGAAGAAGAAAUGGAGGAGAUCAGUUAAGCCAGAAGAUGUUGAGUUUUCAGAUCCUAGUGGGAACAUCUUCAUCUUAACGGGAAAAGUAGAAGCUGAAUUUCAGCUAUUGACUAUAGAGGAAGCUGAGAAAAACCCAGUUGGUCUGGGGAGAAAAGAGCCAGAACCCUUGGAAAAACCCAAUCGUCCCAAAACAUCCUUCAACUGGUUUGUGAACCCCAUGAAAACAUUUGUCUUCUUCAUUUGGAAACGGUACAAGAAGUACAUCAUUGCAUUGCUGAUUAUUGCAAUUGUGACCAUAUUCUUGGUUCUCAUUCUCUACACAAUGCCUGGAUACAUCAGUGAGAAGAUAAUAAAUGGCUAAACAAGCGCACUUCCUCCCCAGCAAGUUGGGAUUUAAUAAAGGAAGAUAACAGUGACUUCUGUAUCAAAGAUCUUAAAGAACAUAGAACAUAGCUGCCUAAUUGUGCAUACAGCAUUUUGAAAAUGUGUCUGCCAUUGGAAAUACUGCCUCUAUCUGAGCAUUCAGAUUACCUACUCAUGUAGAAGACUGAUGAUAACAAUCUCUGAAAUAAGUUUUUUACCUGUCAAUAGUUCUGAAGAUAAAGUUCCAAUGAAAAACUGACUCUAUGAACUUUAUGGAUAAAAUAAACAGCUGCAUCUUAAACAGAAAGCAGAGGAGGUGUAGAAGCACUAAAAUCUAGUCAUAAAGGAGAAUAACAGUUUUAGGCUUGUGUUGUCUGUGUUGUCAGAUCACAAGUCUGUGGGAAAAUGAAUUUCAAAUAGUUAAAAAACAUGCUAUGGAAAAAAAUCUUAAUAUUAUAGAGUAAGAUGGGAUGAUGAGGGAAUAGAGGGAUGAAUUUUAUUUAUGGAAAAGUCAACAUCUACCAGUUGUUAGCAUUUUGUGUUUAUAUAAAAGUACAUAGGAAGACAAUACUCCUGCAAGCAGGCCAGUUUUAAUCAUGGGAAAAAACAUAAACUUUAGAAAAUGAUUUGGACAACUCCAUAAUUGCAUUCAUAAAUCAAUUUCCUCAUAUACUUGCUACAUCACAGGUUGUGUUGUACCAAACUGAAUAGAAUGUUAUGGUGGUUCACUGAGGAUACAAAAACUAUUAAGAUCUAGUUGAAUCUGUAAAAAUAUGAAGAGUAUCAAACACUUGCGUGAGUUUUGCCAUGGAAAUGCACAAGUCGUUCAGGUCUGAUCUAUAUCACUCCUACAUAGCUUUGUAGAUAACCAAGCAUAAUGAUCCAAACAUUUUCUCUCUCCAACCAUGCUUACAAAAUAGCUAAUAGUAGAAUAUCCAGUUUGAGAAAGGUGGAGACGUACUGCUCUUUGUGAUCAGAGCAUUUAGAUUGCUAGAAUACCAAACCAUAUUCAUCUAUAUAAGAAAUGCUCACAAACAGAAAGAUGGUCAGUAGGGUUAUGUUGCUUUUCAAUACCUUAGGUUCUAUUAAGUAAAAGAGUAGGCAAACUUUUAUGGGCUUUGGAUAUUUUGGGAAUUUUGAGAGUGUAUUGUAAAUGCUUUCAUAAUAUGGGUAUGGAGUGUGUGUGUGUGUGCAGGUUGUCUAUUCAUAAAAUGGCUUCUAUGGUGGACAUGGCCAAACAUAAAACAUUGGUUGCAUAACCAAAAGACUGGAGAAAUUGUUCCCCACCACCUGUUCUGGGCUCCAAGAAGGUUCUCUACCAUCCAAACUUACUUUGGUCCUUUUUCUGGGUAGUCAGCCUACUUCUAAACACUGGUCUGAACCUGAAACAUGUCCACUCUGCUGGAGCUCCUAGGAUGAGCAGAGAUAAUUGGAGUCAACAGAAGCGAAUAUGUGCAGCUCAGGGUUGAACUGUGGAGUCCUUGGGGUUCUCUGAGCUUGGUUG